AAACUUUUUGACUCGCGCGAUCUCUUGAGGGCCAGAGCUUCGGAUUGUGAGUUUGAGAGUCCAAGUCGCAUGAUCCGAUUGCUUUGGCAUCGAAUUCUGCCGAAUUGUAUAAAUUUCGCAAGGCAUUGUGGAAAAUCCAACACUCGGGUAUGCUUGCCUCGACGUUAUUUCUCUGCCCAAGGGGGCCAGUUGAGCCGACAAUGCACGAGUUCUGUAGAGCCGCCGUGUUCAGAGUUCAACCUUCACGCGUACACUGCUAUGCUUCAAGAUUGUAUCCAAAACGGUGACCCAAUUCCAGGGAAGGUUCUCCACUGUGAGGUUCUGAAAAGAGGUGGCUGUUUGGAUUUAUUCGGUUACAACGUUCUACUCAACAUGUAUGUGAAAUUUGAGUUGUUCUAUGACGCUGUUAAUCUUUUCGAAGAAAUGCCUGAGAGAAAUACGAUCUCGUUUGUGACGUUAAUUCAGGGAUACGCGCUAUCGUUGCGAUUCCUUGAGGGGGUGGAGUUGUUUGUUAGGUUACAAAGAGAGGGUCACGAGCUUAAUCCUUUCGUUUUUUCUGCGAUUUUGAAGUUGCUCGUGAGUAUGGGAUGGGGUGAGCUAGGAUGGACCGUUCAUGCUAGUAUUUUUAAGCUUGGUUAUGACUCUGAUGAAUUUGUUGGGACUGCUCUUAUCGAUGCCUACUCUGUUUGUGGGAACGUUGCUAAUUCGAGAACUGUUUUCGAUGGAAUUGCUUGUAAGGAUAUGGUUUCGUGGAGUGGGAUGGUCGCUUGUUAUUCGGAGAAUGAUUGUUUUGAAGAGGCAGUAGAAGCCUUUUCUCAAAUGAGAAUAAUUGGGUUUAAGCCAAACAAUUUUACUUUUGCUGGAGUGCUCAAGGCCUGUCUUGGACUUGAGACCUUUAAUGCGGGGAAGAGUGUUCAUGGGCUUGCGUUGAAAACUCGCUAUGAACAUGAUCUUUAUGUAGGUGUUGCAUUACUUGAACUGUACACCAAGUCCGGGGCAAUUGAUGAUGCUGGGCGAGCAUUUGAGGAGAUCCCAGAAAAAGAUGUAAUCCCUUGGAGUUUCAUGAUUGCACGUUUUGCUCAAAGUGGUCGGAGCACCGAAGCUUUGGAUCUGUUUUCUCAAAUGAGACAAGCUUUUGUUGUCCCAAAUCAAUUUACAUUUGCUAGUGUGCUGCAAGCUUGUGCAACCAUGGAAGGUUUAGAUUUGGGGAAGCAAAUCCAUUCACAUGUGCUCAAAGUUGGUCUCUUCUCAGAUGUGUUUGUAUCCAAUGCCCUUAUGGAUGUAUAUGCUAAAUGUGGAAGGAUGGAUAACUCGAUGGAUCUAUUUUCGGAAUCACCAAAUAGAAACUCUGUGACUUGGAACACUAUGAUUGUUGGCUACGUGCAGUCAGGUGAUGGGGAGAAGGCACUGAAGUUAUUUCUAAAUAUGCUUGAAUACCAAGUGCUGGCAACGGAAGUGACAUACUCUUGUGUACUUCGUGCUUGUGCUAGUCUACCAGCCUUGGAUACAGGAGUUCAAAUUCAUUCCUUGACAGUCAAAACUGUUUAUGACAUGAAUAUAGUCGUUGGUAAUGCUUUGAUAGAUAUGUAUGCCAAGUGUGGCAGCAUUAAAGAUGCCCGCUUAGUAUUUGACGGUUUGAAUGAACAAGAUGAAGUUUCAUGGAAUGCUAUGAUCUCGGGGUAUUCUACGCAUGGCUUGGGGAGGGAGGCUCUAAAAGUUUUUGAAUUGAUGCAGAAAACUAAGUGUAAACCAAACCAAUUAACUUUUGUUGGUGUUCUAUCAGCAUGUAGCAAUGCAGGGUUGUUAGAUCAAGGACAAGCUUAUUUUCGCUCUAUGGUACAUGAUUAUAGCAUUGAACCGUGUAUUGAGCACUAUACUUGUAUGGUCUGGCUUCUAGGCAGAUCAGGUCAUCUUGAUAAGUCUAUCAAGUUGAUUGAGCAAAUCCCAUUUGAGCCUAGUGUCAUGGUCUGGCGUGCUUUGCUUGGAGCUUGCGUUAUCCAUAACAAUGUUGAGCUUGGAAGAAUUUCUGCACAGCGCGUGCUUGAGAUGGAACCAGAAGAUGAGGCAACCCAUGUGUUAUUGUCAAAUAUGUAUGCUGCUGCAAAAAGGUGGGAAAACAUGGCUUUUGUUAGGAAAAAAAUGAAAAUGAAAGGAAUAAGGAAGGAACCGGGCCUAAGUUGGAUUGAGAACCUCGGAAUUAUUCAUUAUUUCACUGUCGGAGAUACUUCACAUCCUGACAUGAAACUGAUUAAUGGGAUGCUGGAAUCAUUGAAUGUGAAAAUCAGGAAGGCUGGAUAUGUUCCUAAUCAUAAUGCAGUUUUGCUUGAUGUGGAUGAUGAUGAAAAGGAGCGUCUCUUGUGGUUACACAGUGAGAGACUAGCUCUUUCUUAUGGGCUAAUUAAAAUGCCAUCUGGAAGGCCAAUUCGCAUCAUUAAAAAUCUCAGAAUUUGUGUGGAUUGUCAUGCUGCAAUGAAGUUAAUAUCCAAGGUUGUGCAGCGAGAUAUUAUUGUAAGAGAUAUGAAUCGGUUUCAUCACUUCCAGGAUGGAAUUUGCUCUUGUGGUGAUUACUGGUGACUCUUGAUCUUGAGCAAGAUAUACCUUUUUCUUGAAGGGCUGGGGUUUCUAUCUCUGCUUGGAAGUUCAUGAUCAGAGGUUCAGUGAUAAGAAGUUGGCAGGAACUUGCUGUCUUAUAGCUGUGAUGUCCUACUUGAUCAAUGGGUCAUAACUCCAUCUAAUUAGAUGCACUAAGCAAGUUGGUGAAGGUCCACUUAAGAAUUUUAUAGCGGCCUUCCCAUGCCCUCAAUAUGCUUAGCAACUUCUCUGAUCUUGCUGCAAUUCAAUCUCUUCCUGCAGGUAGCUGAUGACAAUUGCCGUGGAACUUGUUCUAUGCUUUGAGUGGAGAAGUCAUAGCUGUGAGAAAUAGAGCUUGAUACUUUGCUAGCAGUCUAUUGAUUUUGCAUGGUGAGAUCAGCCGCCGAACCAGAAAGAAUAUAAUUCUCAAAGGUAGCUUUUUAGUAAAAAAUAUAACUGGUCAUAUAUUGGUCGUUUGAUCUGGUUUGUUUGACUACUGGAUGGGAUGAUCACAGAAGGCUGAAGAUAUUCUUUUGUUUGCAUCAGUUCCUAUACCAGCAGGUUUGGAUUGAUGUUUGGUUGAGCUUCGAUCAGUUGAAUGUGAAGUAACGUGGACGAGCUAUACUUCUCAUUUUUGCACUGUGCUGCAUUUGGAUGUCACGUGGGAAUUUAGCUUCAUUUUUCUUUGUGAGAUUUGAAUCAUAAUAAAAUCAUCGUGUAAAAUCACCUAAUGGCCAGAGAUGAAACAAGAGCUAUUUUGUGGCUGUUUACAAACUGAUGAUAUCGACUGAGUUUCAAGCAGUCAUACGGGGACAACAUUCUGCAUGCUCUUCACCAUCAUUUGAUUGAUUGCUGCCGAUUUUUAUUAUAUUCUAUUUUAUCUUA